UUAUAUACGCGCGACGUGUCCCCGUUCGUCAGCGUUGUCCUUAAGGAGCUUCGUGAUGCGGGACGCCCACGGGGAAGUUGAUUGUUUUGCUCUCUUGAAUAUAAUUGGGGGCUAAAAUGUUUGUUCGUUCUUGCCACCCAAUUGACAUCCCGCCUGGGAGAAAUGAUGCGAGCUGUGAAGUGGUCAGUCCGCGAUUGUCAAGGAGUGCACUAAAUUGCGGGAGGAUUCAUGGCCGUCCAUGAUGAACAAUGAGCAGCCCAACCAGGAGCUCGUCAAGUGUGUCGUCGUGGGCGACACGGCGGUGGGCAAGACGCGGCUCAUCUGUGCCCGUGCCUGCGACACGCGCGUCACGCUGUCCCAGCUGCUCACCACCCACAUCCCGACUGUGUGGGCCAUCGACCAGUACCGCAUCUACAAGGAGGUCCUCGAGCGUUCCCUGGAGGUGGUUGACAGCGUGAAUGUGUCCCUGAGGCUGUGGGACACCUUCGGUGACCACGACAAGGACCGCCGGUUCGCCUACGGAAGGUCAGAUGUGGUGCUGCUGUGCUUCUCAAUUGCGAAUCCAGUGUCUCUGCGCAACUGCAAGGUGGUCUGGUACCCAGAGAUUCGUCAGUACUGCCCUAACACACCCAUCAUUCUGGUUGGCUGCAAGAAUGACCUUCGCUACAUGUACCGUGAUGAGGCCUAUCUGUCCCUCUGCCGUGACCGCAGUCCUUUCUUCAGGGGGCACCAUCCCUGCGUGUCUUGCAGGUUUCCAGAGUUUGGAAGGCCUCUCAGGGAGAGCGACUUAUUGCGACCAGAGCAGGGGCGCCUUCUAGCCAAAGAGAUUGGUGCUGCAUAUUAUGAAACAAGUGUUCUUACCAACUUUGGUGUAGCUGAAGUUUUCAGCAACGUUAUCAGGGCAGCUCUGCUGGCCAGGAAGCAGCAGCGCUUCUGGAUGACCAAUCUCAAGCACGUGCAGCACCCAGCAAUUCAGGUGCCCUUCUGCCCACCCAAACCUGUGGCACCUGUAGUGUCAGUGCCAGCCAGCCAAUUUCUGGAACACAUGCAAGCACUGUUCCAGGGUCAGGUAUACACGGAUGUGCUCUUCUUCGUGGGUAAGGAAAGUCUACCUGGCCAUCGCUGGUUUUUGGCAGCAGCCUGCCAAGCCUUCCGUGAGCUCUUCUCUGCUAUUGAUCCAAACAGCGAGUGUAGCCCUCUUGCUGGCCGCAGUUCCAGCGACACCAGCAUGGUCAGUGCCGUGGAGGUGUCCCAAGGAAGUGCCAACACAGACACAGAGCAGGUGCCAGGUGCAGACACAGAGGUGGCAGGCAGUCACUCAUCGCUGAGUGCCUCACUCCAGACGACGUCUCAAAGCAGCGAGACAACAGAGAGCUCUGGACUCAUUCAUCACCGCACAAGUUGCGAGGUCAACUCUGAGGCCAGCACAAGUGGCGUAGACACAUGGCUUGGUUCGCGACCCAGUGUGCACCUCCCAGCUUUCUCAGCUGUUGGUGUGGAGCAGGACGAAGUGCUGGACCAUCGAGGGCGGCUUUCACCAUCUGCACAAGCUGUAGUAGAUGUUUCCAAGGCUAUCACUCCAGCUGCCAUGCUGCAGUGCAUCAGGUAUUUGUAUACAGGAGAAAUUGACACCACGAACUGUCCAAUUUCGGAAAUUCAGGAUGCUGCAGAUUUAAUUUCUGUUUCAGAUUUGCAGGUAUACCUCACCACCAUUCAGAAGCUAGACUCUUUGAAAAACCCUUCAGUGGACAUGAAAUUUUUGGAUAAGUUGAAGCUGCAGUUAAAAGAAGUUUGCUUGGAUAAAAGUCUGUAUGCAGAUGUACUCUUUCGGCUGGAUGAUGGCUUCUGCUCAGCCCAUCGGCCGUUACUGAUGGCACGGUGUGAAAUGAUGGCAGCCAUGUUCAGUGGAGACUUCCGGGAAAGUUCUGCCAAAGUGGUGCACUUUCCAGGUGUCAGCUGUAAGUGCUUCCGAUAUCUGUUGACAUACCUGUACCAGGACUCGUUGUGCAAUGAAGUGAAUGCCAGCAACUGUCUCGAGCUUGUCAAGCUUGCUGACCAGCUUUGUUUGCCACGGCUGGUGGCACUCAUUGAAGAAAGAGUUGUCCAAGAGCUCAAUGAAACCGACCGAUAUGCUAGUGCCAAGGAGGAACCUACAUUACAGAAAAAUUCCAGCAAUGUCUAUAAAAAGGCUAGUGAGUCCUUGGAGAGCAAUGGAGAAGCACAGUCAAAGAAGCCCCUUGGCUCUUCCGAAAGGCUGACCAACUCCCCAGAGAAAGCUGGUGAUGACUCUCAGAAGGUGGCUGGUGUCCCCAAGGAUGUUAUGGACGUCUCAGAAGUGGCCUUGCAGCUCCUGGAACCUUGCCAGAUUCACAAUGCAGACCAGCUGGCUGACUGGUGCCUGUACCGAAUUGCCACCACUUACAAGAAGGUAUUGCAGAACAACCUGAAGCGGCUGCGCAACCUGCACCCUCAGAACCAGGCCUACUUAAACCGAAACCGCUGGCCUCCAGCAUGGUACAUCAAGGAAGAUGAGUUCUACCAGCGAACCAUUCGAGAACAGAGCAACAAUGAGAGACCAGCCAAGAAGAUCUGCUUUGGCCCAUUUUCCUUCAAAGGGUCCAAGGUUCCGAAACGCCAGGCCUAGCCUCUGAGAGAAGUGCAGCUCAUGCUAUGCCACCUGUGAAGAAGAAGCACGCCAAUCACCAAAGCACCCAAUGCCACUGAAGGUUUUUGCAUGGCAGUGCCUGCCUGCAGCCUUUGCUGCAAAGCUGCCAGCUCCCUUUCCCCACAAGCUCCACACUCACUAAGGCAGUGCUGGUCUCACUGCUUCUCACUGGAGCUGUGCAAGGAACCACACUGUGGGGCCCAAGCAAUAUCCUCACUUCCUGCUAAGGCUCUCAAGAGGUGCCUCACGGCUACAUUUCCAAAGCCUGUACAUACUGCAGCCAUGUGCUUUUUAAAUUGUUUAUUUUUCCUUCUCUGCUGUUUUUUGAAGCUGUGUUUCAGAUGUGUGUGGUUGUUUCAUUUCUCACUCAUCAAAUGUGCUGUGCAGGGUGCCAGCUUAUUUAAUUCAAGGGAAUCAUGUUCAUCUGCUUGAGUAAACACCAGUGAUCUCGAAGAAGCAGUGAUCGGUAGCAAGAAAGUAACGGAAGAAAGAAAAACACUUAAUGACUGCCAUUACAUUUGUACAUAUGAUGUAGGUUGGUCGAAUUUGACAGUAGCCAUCCUGGAUGCCCCACACUGCCUCUCAUCUGGCAAGGUGCAGAUGAAUGGAGCAAAACAACUUUGAGUACAGAACUUUGCAUAACAUCACACAUGAAUGCCUCAGCUCAUUCUGUGUAGCAAUGGCCUGAACAUUGUUAAAGGUUACUCUGUUCCAGGCUUUUGGGACUGCAGCCAAGGAUAGGCACUUGAAUGAAAAACAAAAUAAGUUUUCAAGCUCCAGAGUGAAAGUAAUUGAGAACAAAAUAAGUGAGGUGGGGAUAGCACUGACUUCCAAAUGAUUUUUUUUUACACUUUUGCCAUGCGUUUCAGUGAGGACUAAAUAAUUCUUAAAAACAGUGUUGUAGGGAUAAACUGGCCAUUUCUUCAGUGGCAUAUGUGUCACAUAGGCAGACAUCAGAAAUUUUACAACAAAUCACUUAUUAACUGUUUAAUAAACUAAUGUAUAUUGAACUGAUUAAGUUUUCUUACUUUGAAUUUCAACUAAUUACUUUUUUAAAUAUGUUGCAAUUGUGAAAUUCAAGCUGGUCAUUACUUAAGGCAAGUUCGCUUAGUGUAUAUCCAGAGUUCUGCUGCUCAGCACGAGACUGAGAGCUCAAUUUCUGGCCAUGGCAGCCAUGCUCUCAUCAACAUGGAAUGCUCUCAUGAACGUGGAAUGAAAAAAAUCAAUGCUUGUGUACCAAACAUUGGUAUGCGUUAACCCGUUAGCUACCAAAUAUUAUGUGUGCCGCGGGGCCCUCUGCACCAAUUAUGUUUGCCGCUUACAGCCAUUAUGCGAACUUCCGCUAGGUACUAAAUACUAAAAAUAUAGGAAAUAUAACAUCUGCUGCCGUAGACAAGUAGUGCCAUCUAUUUGCAACAUUUUUAUUAUGUAUAGCAUAUAUUGCCCAUUUAUAUAUCAACUUUUAAACCAAUAAUGUCUCCAGCCUGCAGCCUGGCAAAUCGCCGGUUUUGGCAACGUGGGCACUGUUGCUGGACACGGUGGUUCACCGGCAUUGGUAGCCAACGGGUUAGAGGUCAACUUCAGCAGCUUUUUUCAUCAUAUCAGAGAAGUGGCUGUUUUAGAUUCAUUUGUGCCUCCUGUAGGAUGGUUGAGUUCUUAUAAAAUGCAAAAAUAUUUUAAAUAAGCAAGAAACAACCACACCGAAACUAAACUGUACCAGGCAGCCUAGUGAGGUGCUCUUCAUGAUGUUGCUGGCGAUGUUAGAGCAGGCAUGUGCCAGGAAGAGGCGCACUACUAGCAACAUCUUUGAGACAAUAAGUUCAACUACAAAAGUGCUAAAUGUUAUUUAUGCCACAUUAUUAUUCUUGGCAAAAAAUUAUUUUAAAAAUACUGCUUAAUUAGGGUCCUGUUACAGCCAAAACAUUUAUGCCAGCUAACAAGUUUCAUGCAAUUUUGUCAUGGCAAUAACAGUUCUACACACAUUAAUUAAAGACAUGUUCACAAGAUGUCGACAAUAGUGCUGCUGCCUCCGUACUAAUAUCGCUACUGGCAAGCAUAGGGUGACCAUUUGAAGGUAGGGAUCAGGAAUAUGUACAACAGACUUUCAAAUUAUGGAAAAACCACACACCUCUCAGUCGUACCAUUUGGGACAUGUGACCAAAGUGCCUGGGCAUGCAUGGUUCCAGCUUUGUUAAGAUCUACACACCUGAAAUGAAUGCCAGAAUUGCUCUCUAAUGAACCCCUGGCGGUCAAAAUUAAUCCAGAGGCCUGUGCAGCAGCCACUCUCAUAGCCAUAGUGUUUCCUUGAAAUAUAAAGCUCCCUCAGCAAUUUUCACAGGAUGUUUCAGAUGUUUCUGAAGCAUUCAUGGCAUAUUUUGGAAAUCUCAAGAUAUCUGUAAACUGGUGGUAAAUUUAGGAUGCUUAACAUGCCUGGAGCACUGACAGGCUGUUAUUUUGCAGUUGUAACAUGCUAAAAAUACAAAGUAAUUAAAAAGUAAAACAAAGUAAUUAAAAAGUCACUUAAAGAAUUUUACUUACUUGAAGAGUUCAUGUGUGAUUAGCACACAAUAUCGAAUAUCUACCAGCAUGAAUAAUGUAAAAAAAAAAUCAUUACAGCAUAGUUUUAAAAAAAUUACGGAAGCCUUCACUAAAACACUUGUAGUUGCUGGUACAGAUUCUUUUACCUGUGGGUAAAUUUACCCAUGCUUAAAAAGCUUUGUGCAACAGCAACAACCUUUGUGCAAAGCUUUGAGUUAGUGUCACUUUUUUUGCUUGGCAACUUGAUGUGCAGCAAAUUACUCUCGCUUAUGUGAAGUAGUAGUAGUUUUGUUGUAUUAGAAAGGAAAAAAAAGGAGGUAGGAAAUCAAGUGCUGCAGGUAUUGUAAAAGUAUUUUUUUCUGUUGCUAAGUUUACCUGUAGGUAAGAUGCUUCAUGAAAGCAGCAGCUAAUAUGUUGCAAGUGCUGGGACAAAGGAAUUGUCCACAUAAUAGCAUUCACAUCUGCAACAUUUAAGAUAAUCCCUAUAUUUUAGUGAGGACAACCAAAGGAUAUUAACUGGGGUGACCAGGUGAAUUAAGGCCAACAAGCAUCAUUGUCAUCAUCAGCCUAUCUUUAUGCCCACUGCAGGAUGAAGGCCUCUCCCAACGAUCUCCAAUUACUCUCCCUGUCUUGCACUAGCUGAUUCCAGCUUGCACCGGCGAAUUUCCUAAUUUCAGCACGCCACCUAAUUUUCUGCCAUCUUCAACUGUGCUUCCCUUCCCUUGGCACCCAUUCUGUAACUGUAACAAUCCACUGGUUAUCUACUCGAUGCGUUGCAUGGCCUGCCCAGCUCUUUUUUUUUCUCUUAAAUAUCGGCUAUCCUGUUUUCUCUCUGAUCCACACUGCUCUCUUCAACAAGCGUAUAGUCCUCCAAAAACAAGCUGAAACAAACAGCAUGGCUUGUGCAGAUUAGUCCAGAACAAAUGGAAUAUGUCAUUAAAAGAAUAUCCUUUAAAUAUACCAGUUGUGAUACAAAUAAGAUAUGUGUGUUAUCUAUUUCAACUUGGUAGAUAGCUGAAACGCAAAAUGUUCAGAAAAAAAUAAUAAUAAUAAUAAUUGCCACACUACAUUGCACUGGACAAUGUUGGUACCUUUUUAGUUGCUCUUGUUUCUGAUGAGAGUUAUGGAUCUUGAUCAAUGCUCCAAUUCAGGCCACCUAAAAAUUUAGCCACACAGUAUCAACUGUGAAUGUACUUGUCAUAUUUUCUUUUUGCUUGGGGGGGGGGAUGAAAAAAAUACCUCCAGUGCUGGCAAGUGACUAAUGAACUUUCAUGUAUGUGUCAAAACAAGAAAGCCAAGUCUGCUUGUAAUACGUGGAACUGGUCCCCCUAGUGCCAAUACAUAAUUUAGCGCAAUGUUGCCUCUGCUGUUUCAUUUCCCUUCUUCACUGUUCCUUCCUACGAUGAUGCAUUGUCAAAAUAGAGGUCUGCAGCCACACUCCUUGCAGUCCCCCAAUCUCGUUUUGUUUUCAGCUUACUUUUCAGUGCACAAGCAUUUUCCUGCAUGAAGACAUAAUUAAAGAGCACACACACACAUGCGUACGCACAAAUACACACAAAACUGCAUGAAAGGAAAAGGUAGACAUGGGACAAGCGCUUGUCCUGUGUCUAUCCUUUUCUUUCGUGUCGUGCUUGUCUUUUUUUUUUUCUUUCCCCCACGCUCUUUAAUCAUGUCAAAUAUACAGCAACUAGACCCUCUGAAAGUCCUUCGAAGUUGUAUUUCUGCAAGAAAUGAGUUCCUAGGGAAGUCAGUGCUACCUCUUGUCCAUCUUAAAUCUUUUGUACUUGUUCAUCUUUGCUCUGUAGUGUGAAAUGCAAGUCCCCAGCUAGCCCAGACUUGCACAAGUGUAGUGAAGGUUUUUGCAGAUGUCAUUGGCAUGUGUGCUCCUAUCUUUGGCUACUGUCCUACAAGCAGCUUGUGUGCUGUCAUUCUAGGGCAUGACAUUUGUAUUGACUUGUACACUGACAGUCAAAUUAACCAGUGCUCUCAUUAAGCAUUACCUUGAAUAUUACAAGUAUUCACACCAAAGGCUUUUAUAUACGGCCUGCAAAAUCAAAUGAAAAAAAAGAAAUGCCCAGGGCCAUAUUUAACAUGCACUUGGUUACGUAAUGAGCCAGUGACGCUGAAAUGAUGAGUGUGCUUCAUUUUAGUGCUAGUCAUUUCAUGUAUUCUUAUUCACCUUUGUCAGUCAUACAUACACAUUUUGCCUACAACUUAAUACGAUAUCUGGGUGAGGGUGCUGUCACUUGCGGCCAUUAAGGGCAUGCAUGGCUUUUUGAAGAGCAAGUUUUUCCAAAGUAUCAUUUCAAAAUGAACUGUACAAUGAUGUUCCUGUAGUACUUGAAGGCCUGCAUUAAGUACUAAAAGAGAAAAGGUUAAACUGAUCCUUGUUGCGCAGGGUACGAUACAUCUGUACUUCAUCUCGGUAGUUGUGUGCACUUGUGUAAAAGCUGUGAUUGUGGCUUGUGCAAUUAGGAGAUGGUUCUGAACACUGUUGUACUGCCCCAGGUGAAGCCCAAUUGAUGCCUCACCUCCUCUGCAUUCAUCAUGCACGCGAAACUGUAUGGCAUAAAAAAAAAUUUGAUUUUAUCACUUGA